UGGGCCUGGGGCACUGCCGCCAUCUUGGUGUCUGGAUCCUGGAGAGAAACGGAGUGGCAGUAGGGAGAGGGGAAACUGGCAAAGGGAGAGAAUUCUUGGUUUGGAAGGAGAGGCCGGGAGGAAAAAGGCAGUCCCAGUGUAUGGGAAAACUCGCCCCAGCGAGGCAGGGAGCGAGAGCUUGGUGUCAGGUGGCCCAGAAGUUCACGGGCGGCAUCGGAAACAAGCUGUGCGCCCUGCUCUAUGGAGAUGCCGAGAAGCCAGGAGAGAGCGGCAGGAGCGAGCCCCCACGGGCCACCUCCCAGAAGGCCUGCGCCUGCAACCAGAAGCCCUGCAGCUGCCCCAAAGCCGACGUCAACUAUGAGUUCCUACACGCAACAGGUAAGGGCGCCUCGCCGGCCCUGGGAGCCGCGGUCCUCUGGAGCCAGGGGUCGAGGUAGAGGGCGGAGGCGGCCUUACGCGCAUCUGUGGCGGAAAGCGAGAAACGCUGGGCCUGCUCCCGAGGUCCCAGUCGGACCCCUGCCUCUGCGUGGAGCUGGGCGCCGGCGUUCCAAGGGGGCCUCAGGGCUGCGGGGCUCUUCCCCCCGUGCUCGGGUCU